GUUUAUCUGCGCUGCCAGGGUCCAUCUUGGUCGGCUUCGGGACAUACAUAUCGCUUCGUAACAAAGAAUGUCUGUCAUCAUUCGACUCCAAAACCUACCAAUUUCAGCAAACGCCUCAAAUAUUCGACGCUUUUUCAGCGGGUUAUCCAUUCCUGAAGGGGGCGUGCACAUCGUCGGGGGCACGGAAGGUGACGCAUUUAUUGCCUUUGCUACAGAUGAAGAUGCAAGAAAAGCUAUGCUGCUUGAUCGACAAACGAUCAACGGGGCAUCUGUUCGCCUGUUUCUGAGCAGUAAAGCCGAAAUGCAGUCAAUAAUCGAAUCUGCAAAAACUUCAGCCUUAUUUUCUAGUGGAGGAAAUCCGGUUUUAUCUCUCUCUCUCUCUCAAAAGACUGAAACUAUGCAUGCACUAGAUGUGACAGCUCCUACACUGCCCAGUUCCUUCCCAUCGUACCGUAAUGGAGCCACUCGUGAAUCAUUUGAUGAUUCCUCCAAGCAGUAUCCUUACACCUAUAGCAAAAGUGUAACCCUGGAUCCCCCUCGUGGACAAAUUGAAUCAGCUGAACGUAACAACCCGGACAAAUAUCCCGAAAAUUUACCUCCAGAUAGACCUCAUUUUAGUCAGGAUCGAGAUUAUAGUUACAAUAACCAACCUAACAUGCAUUCAAGGUAUGAUGCGAUACGAGACUUCCCACCAACUAACGACUAUGGUCCAAGAGAUACAUACUUGAAUAACCGAGGUGACUUGGGACAUAGAUCUUAUCGCGAUGAUUACGAUUAUAGUAGGCACCCGCCAUCGAUUACUUCUGAAGACAACUUCGUCCCGAGAGGCAAAGACAAUGAAGGCAAAAGUAGUCCAAGGGACUCUUAUGCUGAUCCUUAUUCUGCACUACACGUCUCGGAUGGUAUGACGACAGAUUAUGAUAAGUACCGUGCACAAUCUCCUAGAGUAUUCAAUGAUCGCUUCCCUCCACAUGAUAUUCAAUCACGUGAAUUUGGUCAUGGAAAUACCCACCCGUUUCCAUCAGAAUUUAGAAGUGGCCCGGGUCAUCCGCUUGAUCGUGAAACUGCAUGCACUGAUUCUAGGCUGCAAGAGGAACGCGAUUUUUCUGUUAGACCUCCGUGGCUCAACGAUAAUGCACCCGUUUCAGGACCAAAGCGUCCAUUCCAGCAUCAGACUACAGACUUUGAAGAGUACCCACGAAAACGUCGACCACAACCCUCAUCAUAUACUCGCCCAUCUGACAUAGUGCCUGGAGAAACUGAUUACGUACUAAGAGUUUGUUUGCCCGCCCCAGAAGCUGGAAUAAAGACUGUUUUCGAAGUUUUACGUGGCGUCCAAGUUGUUCCAAAAUGGGGUAUCCGGGUUGAAGAAGAUUUGCUACAACGUCCCACUGGGUAUGUGUUUAUAAUGAUGACAACUCGUGAUUCGUAUGAACGAGCACUCAGUUUUAAUAAUCGUCCUCACAAAGGAGACGUGAUAAAAGUGGUCAAAUGCACUCUAAGUGAAUUUUACAGUGUUAGUGAUACAAACUUUACUUCAAAAUGCCCUCCAGAGGUUGCCAAAAAACUUCCACCACCUGAUCAGUUCUACCCUCCUCAUUACAACGAUGGUUGUCUUGAGCUAGCUGAGCUCCCAUCUGAUACCACCAAGACAGAAGUAGUUCGGUUUUUGGGUGCUCCUGGUCUAACUUGUGAAAAUGUUGUACUGGCUCGGUUCCCUCCAAAUGAUAAGUCUGCACCACGCAGUACCAACUUAACUAGGGCACUAGUUACGCUUCCUUCUGCAGAGGAUAUCAAAAUCCUUCUUUCUGCCAAACCACGGCCAUUUCGACCAGAUGUGGGACUUCCAUCAGUGCGCUUAACACCAAUAUCAAAGCUGCAAGUCACUGCUUAUUCAGCCUUAGCGAUCGGUAGUAAAUCUGAAAGUACUAAAGAGUCUAUCAAACCACCUGUUCCUCGUGAUGUCGAUUCGGAGCCUACUAAACCACCUGGUGGCUUUUUGACAUGUGCUUGUGUCAGUGGGUUUUCUCGCACAGUAAAAGAUUCUGAAGUUCUGAAUCUGUUUCCGUCCAUCCUAAUUCCUGGAGAUGCGGUACGACUGGCUCCUGAUGCUAAUAUUGCUUUCAUUGAUUUCAUUAGUGAAAACAACUGUCGUCGUGCUGUAAAUGAAGCAUCGACUGAAGGUUCUAAGGCAAAACAGUCACAUCCAUCUCUUCAUAUAGAAGCCAUUUCUCGAGAGGAAAUGCUGAACCGUUUGGGUGCCGAUCCAAAAGAUGAACAACUCAACUUUGACAGACCUGGAAGAUCUCGUGACAGAGAUCCUCGGGAAUCCCGCAUCCAUUGGGAUCAACGCCAGCGUCCGUCACCUUCGAAUCCAUUUGAGAGCCGUCCCCCAAGUGUAGGCAGAGCUAAGUACGAUGACUCUUACUAUGACCGCCCCGCUGUACCUGCCCCUUUUGAUGACCAUCACGACUCCUUCCGUAGGUUCCGCCCGCCUGUGGAUAAUUUGCAUUCUAUCCCACCACACCAAUCAGAUAUUUCAUCUGUUCCGAGACAACCUGUUCCUCUUCCACAUCGUCGCCCAGUUCCUGACUUUGUUACAGUUUUUGUCGGAAAUCUUCCACCCGCAUGCACAGUUGAUCAACUAGCUGGAAUAAUGCGGGAUUAUUACUUCGUUCCGGGUUCGAUAAGACUACGCCGUGAUCCUCAAGGGCAGUUUGUUGGUGAAGCGUUAGUUGAUUUCAAAACAAGUUACGAAGCUGAUAGGGCGCUCAGAGGACUAAAUGGAUAUCGAGUAGCCGGUCGACCCUUGGUAUUGCAUUUUGAUCACCGGAAGUAACAGGUAAGAUUUUUAUUUAUUUUAUAUUGUAGGACUACUCGUAAACUUUUUAUGUAAAGUAACUCCUUGCAUUUUUGAAAAUCUUUGUGUAACUUAGUUAUUUUCUGAGAUUUGAAACUAGAAUUUGACUCAAUAUAUCAAUCCCUUGAAUAAGUCCUAGUCUUUUUUCUCAUAUAUGGGUCAAAUCGUACCCAAUGACUAAGUUAGUUUGUACCGAAACAUUUACGUGCAUCCUCUCGAUUCAUUAGUAUUUCCAUAUUUUGGGUGUGUUUAUUGUAAGAUCAUUGUUAACAUUUCCUUCAACAUACUCUAAGCCAAUGUUUCCAGAUGAUAUCAAACUACACCAAUUAUUUCACAAAUUGAGAACAUAACUUAUGGUGUAAAUUAACUAUAAAAUCUCGCUUUGUAAGUAUAUUUGAAAGUUAGUCCACUGGUUAACUGCCAGUACUGUGAAUACGUUUCUAAUGGAGAUAUCUAGUGUAGGAUUUCCGUAUUCUCAUUAAUGAUCACUUGUAGGAUUUUGAAACAAAUGUUUAUUACCAUCCAAUCGAUUAUCAAUGUUAAGGACGUCUUAACUCUUCAUAUUUGAUGUGUUCGCAUUUUACGAUGGUGAAGUGUAUAUCGUUGACUUUAUUCGUUCAUAGUUCCUGUAAAUUGUGAUAAGUUUGUUCUUGUUUAAUUUUCAUAACACGAUGACAAAGUAUUUGUUACGUCAGUCUGGAUUUCUGGUAAACAUUUCAUAUGAUAUUUGAUUUAGGGGGUCCAACGGAUCGCGAACUUCCCAUAAGUUCCAUUAAAUUUUAAUAUUUGUAUAUAACGUGAGAAUUAUUUAGUACAAUAGGAAGGUAGGGGAUAUGCUAUAAAAUUCAUCUAAAAAGAAAUAGAACCCAUCUAAUUAAGUAGUUCAAGUAAUGUCAUAACCAAGAUAGGUGUCUUCGACUAAAGGUGUGCGUCAUAUCAAAUUUUAAAAUUUGCUAUCGAGAAUUAAUAGUACCGUCACCUACUGUAUUCUAAACCAUGUCACUGAAUCGAGUUAUCUUUGAGGUCCUAUCUGGAGUGUUACAGUAACGCACUAACUCAAGCUAUCCCUCACUACACCAUACCAUAGACUUUCUUCCCUCACACUGUCCCAGUGUCAUCGAAUCAAAGGUACGGUAAUAAUCACUGGUAUACAUUCUGCGUGCCAUAGUUAUUAUUCUAAGGAGGUAGGGCUAAUUGAAUUAUGGUCGUUAUUAUUUCUAACUCCAAGUAUUCAGUGCCAACAGUCCUUCGUAAAUAGCGAUCAUAGGUGGUUACUAAAAAUCCUUUACCCGAAGUCAAGUUUUAUUAGCAUGGAUCACAUCACUGUACCACUCAGCUCUUAUGCCUGAAAUAGUUUUGUAAAAUGUUACUGAACUGACAUAAGAAUCUGACUUUCUCUAUCCGUAGAUUAAUUUAACCAGUCAUAUUAUCAUUAUCACUCACAUGACCCGUUGAUACCAUUUUAAAAGUGUAUGCAAGAAAAAAAUCUUGACAACCAUGUAAAUCAAUCUGCUGAUAUAUACCUAACCAAACGCCCAUUAUAUGCAUUUUGUAAUCUUUUUUAAGAAAUGAAUAAGACAGUUAUUUCAGAAUGGUAGAUAUUUUGCAGUCAAGAGGCGUAAUAUAGCGGUCGAAGUCACUGUAACGAAGGUGAAUUUGAGCUGCCAAAGUACUCUUUAGUGUUCUAAAUGCAUAUAAAAGUUGUGAAUUAACGAACUAUUAUCUCACGUUUUAUUUCACCCAUACUAGGAUUGUAGUAGCCGAUAGGUGGGAAUAGCUCUCGGCGUCAAUCAAAUGCGUAUAUAUUGUGUGCAAUUUGACAAUGAGAUCCAAUCACCAGGUUUCUUGACCGUUGAGUUUUGUAAAAGUUUUCGCUACAGAGAAUUACGCUUCACCGAUGAGCGUAAAAAAACAUUACGAGUCCUUAAAAACCAAGAGUUGAUAAGUACAGCAUCUCACAGAGUUGCAUGCAAUUUUAGCUUACCGUCUUCAACCGACUGUUAGUAAGCCUCAAAUCGACUCCUCUACCCUCAGUACGAUGCUACAAUCAGAAAGAUUGGGCAACGAGCCUUAAUUUACUUUAAUAAAGUGCUUAAAAUGACUUGACAAAAUGGGAAAUUUUGGAUAAUCAUUGGAAUCUUGAAUACAAGUCUCGGAUACAUCAUAAGACCGAAAUUUCCCAUUGUGCUUGUUACCUGUGUCUGUCUCUUGUUUGUGUCGAAUACUACACGUUAACUCAUAUGUGGUUUCAAUGAAGUCACACGUGUGGAACUUCUAGUCGAAAUGAGAAUUCCGACAACGAUAGGGUAAUUAGUCAAGUUUUAAAUUUGAAUAGAAGGAUUAAGAGUUACAUGCGAGCAAUGCAUUAGUGUAGGGCGGUAUAAGAUGCAGUUGUUUGCAUUAACGUAAUUUUGGCCUUUAAUAACUACCCUAUAAGACUAGUAAUGUACGUUCUCAUUUAAAGUUGUCACGGUUCCUGUAAAAGCAUUUUAAUCAGAGCGAAUUUCUUUCCUUACGAACUUUUGAUUUGAAUUUCAUAUUCACAAGACAGUCAAGCGACGUGAGAAAUUCGUUGGUUGGGUAGCAGGUGAUAGAUGUGCGUUCACACACCAUUCAUUCACUGACGAUCAUGGCGAUAAUAUAUUCGAGGUUUUCCGAUUAUAUAUCCAUUGAACUGACUUCACCACCGGACAUUCAUGUACUAUCCUUCCCUUUAGUAGAAGAACUCACCACAAUAAUGUGGUGAGGCCAUAAACGCUCGACCAUGUAAGUGUAUUUUAUGGAAAAUAGCUGGACCCAUCAAGUAAAAAAGAAUAUUACAGCUCAACUCAGGUCGUGUUGUUAUUGUUAUGGACUCAUGCGUAGAUCAUAUUUAGUCAUGUUUUAAGAAAAAAUGAGGAUGGUAAAGGAAGGAAAAUAGGCCUCGGAACGUAGUGAUAGCCUCGGUGACGAAAUGAAUUAUAGAUGUUAGUCGUUUAUCACAAUAGUUUCAUUGUCGGUUAGUCAUCUGUUAUUACUUAUUCCAAUCGUUAGUUGGCAUGUGUUUUUUUCUGGACUGACGAACCUAGUAUUAGCUAAUUUAAUUAAAGUUUUCAGCAUUUCAUUGUUUAUAAAUAAGGCUCUGUUGUUGAGAGUAUUUUUUUAAAGAUAUUGAUUUGUUAUGCGUUUGAGCUGGACCGAACUGUAGAAAAGUUUUUUGUUUUUGUGUUUAACAAGUAAAUGAAGCUUAAGUUUUGUCAAAUUAAGUAACGCUCAUGUUAAUUUCCAAGUGAUAGAUUGAGUUAGGUAAAUGUAACAAUGAAAACUUCUUCUAAUGAUCUACUAAAUUCUCUGUUGUAUAUCGUUUUGUGGAAUAACCUGUUUGUCUUGAGUUGUGAAGAAAAAGUGGUAUAUAAUUUGAGUGAAAUAACGCCGGGUAAUAAAGUUACUCGACUGAAUAUCAUAUUAGGAAUAUUUCAGGAAGAUAGUUGGACACUUGAUGAUUAUGAUUCAAUGCCGCUUUAUAUUCAGGUAUUAUAUUCUUUGUAAAUGGUUUUACUUAUAUUAAACGUAUAUAGGUUACUUAAAUCGCAAGAUUAUGGAAAAGUAGAUGUGGUUGAUAGGGGUUUACCGAAACUAGUUGUUUAGUAGUUGUUUUAUAAGUAUGAUAUAGCUUGUAACAAUAGCUUGUUGAAAUGACUGUUAUUUAAUUUAUUCUGUACAUUUCUACUGUUUGAAAAUAAAUACAGACUAGACGCGAAGAAAUGUUGCGCAAAAUAAUUGAAUAUUCUCAAAUUUUGUACUUGAUUUAAGUCUGAUUGUAAUAAUUUGCACUUGUUUAUUAUUUUUAUUUCAACACAUAAAUAUCGGUACAAGAGGGCACCAAAUAUAUAUGCGCCACACCAUAUUUGUGUGUGUGUGGGCUGUGAUACUGCCCGGGUGCCCAGACCGAAGCAGGUGGUUAUCUUAGGGAGCCACACCCCGAGCCUUUGACCUGAAGGUUUGAUCCACAAGGCAGUGGAACAUCGUGAGGAGAUGCAUUCCUAUGGUAGCCGGUGAUCAGCGAUUGGUUCAUACUCCAUUUGUUCCCGCAGGAUACUGGAGCCCACGUGCACCACUGGUUUGGGAUCCGGUUAAAGCGCCGGACAUUCGCUUUUCGUCCUCUCAUUUUCGUAAACAACACCCCCGCCACGAGAAGGCAAUGAGUAGGACUUCCCUGACAGAGGCUGUAUACGCGUGGCCGUGAGAGAGAGUGUAUACACCGACUCCAUUGUGGUCGAUUCUGAGCCAUGUCACCAAGAGUCUCCAACCAUUGGUUACGACAGUCACGCGGACCCCAACCAAGUAGUCUGCAUCUACCAACAUGGCUCAGACAAUUCUGACAAAAAUGCAGACUAGGAUCUGAUAUCUAUUUUAAAUUGUCCUAUUGUCACUAUCUCUUGUGUUGUUAUUAUUAAACUGACGGUCUCGACUUAAUAGGCUCGCAGUACUACGAUCUCUGAGCUUCACCUGUCCCGACCUUAAUAUCAAUCUAUAAACUGGUUAAAAACCUUAGGAAUGUUGUAAGUCAAGGUUUACAAAUAUACCACUUGUUCUAAUAGAUAUUUACCACAUAAGGAAGUUCGUCAUGUUUUAGGCAUAUAGUCGUUUGUCUCUACUUUUCGGUGCCUAGGUGACCUGUUUUUUAAGACAACUGAUUAUCCCCACUAACGACUAAAAAAUAUUUAUUUCUUGGGACGAAUGCUGAAAAUGAAGCUUCAUCUAUAAAGACAAGCACAGGUGAAAGCAUACUGAUCCCUCAUCUAUACAUAUGAGAAAUAAUCACUGGAAAACUUGAGUAAAAACAUGAUGAAUACACAAAUUAAGAACUAUCAAGCAUGAAAUCAUUGAAAUUUUGCCCAGUAAACCAGCUAGCUCACAAAGAACUAAAACUGAACGACUGACAUAAGCGCUGCAACAAGUUAUAAACGAACAUCUGGAGACUCAGUGCUUAACCAAUGUAUUUUCACGCAAGAAGGCUAUUCAGUCUGCUCUUUCACAUGCAAAUCAAGCUAAAAAUUACUAGCAUCAUGAGCUGAUACCACAGCUAUGGUCGUUUUGAAGAGCUAGUCAACAAUGAAUUAGAUGGGAGAUGUCUAAGCUAAUGAAGUGUAGGUGUAAGUAUACAAUCUUCUAGGAGUUCCAUAUACAAAAAUAAGAGCGUCAACCAUAAGCGAACGGCUAAAUGUAGUGCUACACCAAGUUAUUUCUUCAUGUCUUAAACAUUUGAUUUCUCUUGGGUAUUCAAGUAAUAGUAUUGAGGAUUUACUGCCUUAAAGCCUGAUGGCGAGACAACCUUAGCGAUACUAAAGUGUACUAGAAGAGGGUCAAACAUCUACUGCGGUCGAAAUAAGGCCUUAAACAAAUGAGAGCGAUUGAGAGAAGUUAAGAUUGUGAAUUAGGACUUGGCUUUUCACCACGUUUUAACAUAUAAUUAGCCAUAAGGACGAACAAAUUGUGCUCCAAAAUCCGAGAUUCGCAAUCUCAGAUCUGGCUGGUAUAUUUAUAAACUAGUCUCGCGAGCCUAUCAAAGCAAAUGUGGGUCACGUAUAUGUAAAAUCUAAAGCACAAUCAUCUCCACAUACUUUUGUUAGGUGAACCGUUACCCAUAGUGAAUGAACAUACUUGUUUAUAAUCGGUUACUUAUGUAUUGUUAAAAGAAAACAAGAAUUUAAGGCUUCUAGUAUAUUGAUUAUUGUUUGGUUAAUCAACUGCCGCGUGCAAGAUUUCAUUCUGAGGUGCAAAGAAAGCGGAGUGACACUAAUUUGACUGAUGGAUGUUAAGUUGUUGCAUAAGUGAUGGUUUAUGACUGGUUGGUCAUGGACCGUUAUUAUUAUUGAUAUUAAAAUAUUAAGUAACUUAGUUAUUGAGAAUUAUGAAGCAUGUAGAAAUAUGUAUUUUGUAUGUUAUUACUUUAGUGAGUUCAUUUAAUGCGAAUUCGCUAAAGCAGUUUAGGUUUGUGCAAGGGCUUUCUAUGCCACGAAUCAUAGAUUAAAUGACAAUACUCAUUAUUACUAAAAGUGUUAAUCAUCUGAUCAGGCUGAUUGAAAUGGCUCAGAUCUCAGAUGAGUGGUCGGUGACUGAGAAAGUGUUGGGCGGUAGAAAUUGCUGUCGCAACAGUUAUGGCAUAAAAAAUAAGCACAAAAGAGUUGAACUCUAUAAUAAUACAUAUAUAACAAAUAGCAAAUGAAUGAGGGAAAUUAAAGAAAGUCACAGACUUGAUACCAGGAAUUCAACUGAAAAUCCAUUGAUGUUCAGCAAAUAGUGUAGUGGAGAUUAUGAGUUAAAAUCAGGAUAAACCCUAUUGAUCUAAGCGGGAUAUUAUUUAGAGUACAGUGAAAGCAAAGAAUUAACCACAACACAUAGGGUAAACAGUGUUAAAAUGAGUAAUCUCGUUGUGUGUGUGUGUGAACCAUGACUGCAAAGUUGGAGUUGACUCAACUCAAGUGAUUUGACAAAACCAUCUGAGAAUUUUGUAGCGGUUCAUGUCAUUUGCAUAAUUUAUGAAUUUGUCGUGAAAUUAUGCACCAUGAAAACGAGAUAUUUACAUAUGUAGACAAACAUUCUCCAGUUAAUAAACAGAUUAGUAAGAUGAUAUUUAAUAAUAGAUUGAUUUGUGAGUUGACGAACUAUUGACUAACUUAUCAAUGUAAGUGGGAAUAGCCGACAAGUUUUUAUUCGAGUGGUGAUUAUCUAUGUGGAAUUGACAAUUAGAAUCGUAGUGAUUAUUUUCAGCGUCUGAUCAUGUCCAUUAUGUUCUGGAGGUCUUCAUAUAUGUAGUUGAGUGGUGGUUGUACAAGUUUGGGAUUUGUGAACGAUGAUGUUUAAUAUGGUGCUGUGGAUUUUCAAUGACGACGCUAAAUGUUAUGUACACAUAAGUUGAACUGAUGGGUAAUCUAUUUGUCAGUGAGAAUUGAUUGAAUUAAUCACUUACGACUUGAACAUAAAGCGUCAUAUGUGGUUAAUAGAUGAUGAUGAUGAGUGAAUGGAGUUAAUUUUUUGAAGUGGUAUUGAGUUAUUUAUUGGGGAAGUGUUGAGUUUCACACUGCAUAUACAUUUACUACGAAACAGUUAAAAGUAGGAUAUGAAUAAAGAAAGUGUAGUAGGUGAGUUAAUGUCAAUGAAGUAGGCACGUUAUUUUUAUUAAGAUAGUAGUACCUCUUUAUGAAUAGCUAUCCCAAAUAUUGUUGGUUAUAAGAGUGCAUUGUUUAGUUCACAACUUCUGAUUGGUCUGACCUAAUUGUGCUAUUUCGGUUAAAUGACAAAUGACCUUACUCUGUCUAAUUAUGUAAAUGUUUAAGAUUAUUGUUUUGAGAAUAGUUUUCGUGAUAUACCUGCCAACUUUGGAGAGUAGAUUGUCGUUCUGAUUGAUUAGCAUUACGCGCAUUGCUGACAGAUAAUGCAAAAUAAGCACCUAAGAUAAGUCCGAGUAUUCAGUUCAUCAAUAAGAACUGUCCUGAUAAUCAUAAGCGGAUAUAUAAGAUUGUAAAUAGCUCCGUAUUACCGUGAUGCUGCAUCAAUCAGAAUACGGUCGUGACAGGUAACUGUGAUGCUAGAGUUACAAUGAUAUUUUUCCAUGCAGAUAUAACAAUCAUGUUUAAUUAUGAAUGAUCCUCUAGUAGGGAUUUGACAAACGGUAUCCAUUGCUAUGCAACCCGUUUGGCACUAUCUAAACACAAGAGUGUGUAGUUGCAAAUGGAGAUAUUAUAUAUGGAAGUGUAUGUAUGAAGUGCUAAACUCCAAUGGUUAUUAUUAUUGUUGUUGUUAAUAUUGCUAUUCUCAUUUCUUUCUCUUGUUCAAAAUGUAAUUCGAUUGAGUUUGAUAGAAGUUGCUUGAAAGUGUUUAAUCGAUGUGACAGCACAAAAGUUUGUCGAUGACUGAACGUUCAGUGGAUGAUUAGAAUUUCUAUUAUUAGAAGAGAUGGAAAAUAGUUUUGCGAUAGUGCGAUGAGGCGAUGCUUGAUAUGAGGUUGUGAUUAUUAGGUGAUGACUUCAUUUUAACAGUAUAUUUGGUUGAUGAGCUGGUUAGGAUAGUAAAGGAUUGUUGUGGAACAUUGUGGAUUGAUAUUAAUUUAGCAUUUCAUCAUGUGAAAGAUGGUAGAUAUGAGAACGAGAGAGUUGGGGUUUGUGAGUAACCCAUUAAGUUGAGAUUGCUUAUCAUUUGUGGAAAACAUGGAGAGGAAAGUGAAAUGAAUAGGCUAUUUAGGAGCCCUAUUGUUUUUGGUAUGUAGUGCUGCGGAAGUUUGAGUGUUUCAGGUUUGAUAGAGUAUAAUUAGAUUAUUUUAGACUAAUAAUUGGAUAUAGGUGGCCAGAGUGUGUAUUCCUGGGAGAUUGACCCCAGUAGUUUUUAUUCCAAUGUAACAUGUCACUUAAGAUUACAAUGCAAAGACCAAUUUCUCUUCUGUCUGUUACUACUCUAGUUUCGUGGACAUCGACCGAGGGACCUUAUGGCUUGUGGUGUUCUUUCAGCAUGGAUUCCUCACUAUAUUUCGUUUCAAUUGGAACUGAAUCAAUUCGUGUAUUUUUGUGAAGCAGUAGUCAGAGUGUGUAGUUGACAGACUCUAAAUCAGCCUAUUACCAAUUCUUCAGUCCAAUGUGUCUUUUGUGUACAAACUUACUCGAUCGGAAAAGAGCUUUUUUACUAUAGUUCCUCUAUGACUUUUCUACUCGUUUGACCUGUUGUUACCGUUGCCGUUAUGUGAUCGGGUUUUCCUAUUUGGCUGUAAAAUAAAUUCGGUUUGUCUGUAGUUUUAUUUGUGUUGAACGAGUGGAUUGUAGGGGUGUUUAUAUUUGGAUUUAGGGUUGAAAUGGUAAUGAAGCAGCAUAUUUAGUGAGAAUAGAAUACUUUUGCGUAGACUGAAUUGAUGGAGGUUGUAUAGAUUUCAGUGAAUGUUUCGUAUGUUUCUUGACUUGACAUUGAUGGUUUUUAUAAAAGUAACAGUUGAUGGUUCUUUUCUCUUAUUAUUUGUACAUAGCGUAACUACAAUAAUACAAUAUCCUACUAGGCUCAGUAAGAUCGUUGAGCUUUUUUUUAUCGACUUUGGAAGUUCUAGUCGAAAUGAGAAUUCCGACAACGAUAGGGUAAUUAGUCAAGUUUUAAAUUUGAAUAGAAGGAUUAAGAGUUACAUGCGAGCAAUGCAUUAGUGUAGGGCGGUAUAAGAUGCAGUUGUUUGCAUUAACGUAAUUUUGGCCUUUAAUAACUACCCUAUAAGACUAGUAAUGUACGUUCUCAUUUAAAGUUGUCACGGUUCCUGUAAAAGCAUUUUAAUCAGAGCGAAUUUCUUUCCUUACGAACUUUUGAUUUGAAUUUCAUAUUCACAAGACAGUCAAGCGACGUGAGAAAUUCGUUGGUUGGGUAGCAGGUGAUAGAUGUGCGUUCACACACCAUUCAUUCACUGACGAUCAUGGCGAUAAUAUAUUCGAGGUUUUCCGAUUAUAUAUCCAUUGAACUGACUUCACCACCGGACAUUCAUGUACUAUCCUUCCCUUUAGUAGAAGAACUCACCACAAUAAUGUGGUGAGGCCAUAAACGCUCGACCAUGUAAGUGUAUUUUAUGGAAAAUAGCUGGACCCAUCAAGUAAAAAAGAAUAUUACAGCUCAACUCAGGUCGUGUUGUUAUUGUUAUGGACUCAUGCGUAGAUCAUAUUUAGUCAUGUUUUAAGAAAAAAUGAAGAUGGUAAAGGAAGGAAAAUAGGCCUCGGAACGUAGUGAUAGCCUCGGUGACGAAAUGAAUUAUAGAUGUUAGUCGUUUAUUACAAUAGUUUCAUUGUCGGUUAGUCAUCUGUUAUUACUUAUUCCAAUCGUUAGUUGGCAUGUGUUUUUUUCUGGACUGACGAACCUAGUAUUAGCUAAUUUAAUUAAAGUUUUCAGCAUUUCAUUGUUUAUAAAUAAGGCUCUGUUGUUGAGAGUAUUUUUUUAAAGAUAUUGAUUUGUUAUGCGUUUGAGCUGGACCGAACUGUAGAAAAGUUUUUUGUUUUUGUGUUUAACAAGUAAAUGAAGCUUAAGUUUUGUCAAAUUAAGUAACGCUCAUGUUAAUUUCCAAGUGAUAGAUUGAGUUAGGUAAAUGUAACAAUGAAAACUUCUUCUAAUGAUCUACUAAAUUCUCUGUUGUAUAUCGUUUUGUGGAAUAACCUGUUUGUCUUGAGUUGUGAAGAAAAAGUGGUAUAUAAUUUGAGUGAAAUAACGCCGGGUAAUAAAGUUACUCGACUGAAUAUCAUAUUAGGAAUAUUUCAGGAAGAUAGUUGGACACUUGAUGAUUAUGAUUCAAUGCCGCUUUAUAUUCAGGUAUUAUAUUCUUUGUAAAUGGUUUUACUUAUAUUAAACGUAUAUAGGUUACUUAAAUCGCAAGAUUAUGGAAAAGUAGAUGUGGUUGAUAGGGGUUUACCGAAACUAGUUGUUUAGUAGUUGUUUUAUAAGUAUGAUAUAGCUUGUAACAAUAGCUUGUUGAAAUGACUGUUAUUUAAUUUAUUCUGUACAUUUCUACUGUUUGAAAAUAAAUACAGACUAGACGCGAAGAAAUGUUGCGCAAAAUAAUUGAAUAUUCUCAAAUUUUGUACUUGAUUUAAGUCUGAUUGUAAUAAUUUGCACUUGUUUAUUAUUUUUAUUUCAACACAUAAAUAUCGGUACAAGAGGGCACCAAAUAUAUAUGCGCCACACCAUAUUUGUGUGUGUGUGGGCUGUGAUACUGCCCGGGUGCCCAGACCGAAGCAGGUGGUUAUCUUAGGGAGCCACACCCCGAGCCUUUGACCUGAAGGUUUGAUCCACAAGGCAGUGGAACAUCGUGAGGAGAUGCAUUCCUAUGGUAGCCGGUGAUCAGCGAUUGGUUCAUACUCCAUUUGUUCCCGCAGGAUACUGGAGCCCACGUGCACCACUGGUUUGGGAUCCGGUUAAAGCGCCGGACAUUCGCUUUUCGUCCUCUCAUUUUCGUAAACAACACCCCCGCCACGAGAAGGCAAUGAGUAGGACUUCCCUGACAGAGGCUGUAUACGCGUGGCCGUGAGAGAGAGUGUAUACACCGACUCCAUUGUGGUCGAUUCUGAGCCAUGUCACCAAGAGUCUCCAACCAUUGGUUACGAUAGUCACGCGGACCCCAACCAAGUAGUCUGCAUCUACCAACAUGGCUCAGACAAUUCUGACAAAAAUGCAGACUAGGAUCUGAUAUCUAUUUUAAAUUGUCCUAUUGUCACUAUCUCUUGUGUUGUUAUUAUUAAACUGACGGUCUCGACUUAAUAGGCUCGCAGUACUACGAUCUCUGAGCUUCACCUGUCCCGACCUUAAUAUCAAUCUAUAAACUGGUUAAAAAACCUUAGGAAUGUUGUAAGUCAAGGUUUACAAAUAUACCACUUGUUCUAAUAGAUAUUUACCACAUAAGGAAGUUCGUCAUGUUUUAGGCAUAUAGUCGUUUGUCUCUACUUUUCGGUGCCUAGGUGACCUGUUUUUUAAGACAACUGAUUAUCCCCCACUAACGACUAAAAAAUAUUUAUUUCUUGGGACGAAUGCUGAAAAUGAAGCUUCAUCUAUAAAGACAAGCACAGGUGAAAGCAUACUGAUCCCUCAUCUAUACAUAUGAGAAAUAAUCACUGGAAAACUUGAGUAAAAACAUGAUGAAUACACAAAUUAAGAACUAUCAAGCAUGAAAUCAUUGAAAUUUUGCCCAGUAAACCAGCUAGCUCACAAAGAACUAAAACUGAACGACUGACAUAAGCGCUGCAACAAGUUAUAAACGAACAUCUGGAGACUCAGUGCUUAACCAAUGUAUUUUCACGCAAGAAGGCUAUUCAGUCUGCUCUUUCACAUGCAAAUCAAGCUAAAAAUUACUAGCAUCAUGAGCUGAUACCACAGCUAUGGUCGUUUUGAAGAGCUAGUCAACAAUGAAUUAGAUGGGAGAUGUCUAAGCUAAUGAAGUGUAGGUGUAAGUAUACAAUCUUCUAGGAGUUCCAUAUACAAAAAUAAGAGCGUCAACCAUAAGCGAACGGCUAAAUGUAGUGCUACACCAAGUUAUUUCUUCAUGUCUUAAACAUUUGAUUUCUCUUGGGUAUUCAAGUAAUAGUAUUGAGGAUUUACUGCCUUAAAGCCUGAUGGCGAGACAACCUUAGCGAUACUAAAGUGUACUAGAAGAGGGUCAAACAUCUACUGCGGUCGAAAUAAGGCCUUAAACAAAUGAGAGCGAUUGAGAGAAGUUAAGAUUGUGAAUUAGGACUUGGCUUUUCACCACGUUUUAACAUAUAAUUAGCCAUAAGGACGAACAAAUUGUGCUCCAAAAUCCGAGAUUCGCAAUCUCAGAUCUGGCUGGUAUAUUUAUAAACUAGUCUCGCGAGCCUAUCAAAGCAAAUGUGGGUCACGUAUAUGUAAAAUCUAAAGCACAAUCAUCUCCACAUACUUUUGUUAGGUGAACCGUUACCCAUAGUGAAUGAACAUACUUGUUUAUAAUCGGUUACUUAUGUAUUGUUAAAAGAAAACAAGAAUUUAAGGCUUCUAGUAUAUUGAUUAUUGUUUGGUUAAUCAACUGCCGCGUGCAAGAUUUCAUUCUGAGGUGCAAAGAAAGCGGAGUGACACUAAUUUGACUGAUGGAUGUUAAGUUGUUGCAUAAGUGAUGGUUUAUGACUGGUUGGUCAUGGACCGUUAUUAUUAUUGAUAUUAAAAUAUUAAGUAACUUAGUUAUUGAGAAUUAUGAAGCAUGUAGAAAUAUGUAUUUUGUAUGUUAUUACUUUAGUGAGUUCAUUUAAUGCGAAUUCGCUAAAGCAGUUUAGGUUUGUGCAAGGGCUUUCUAUGCCACGAAUCAUAGAUUAAAUGACAAUACUCAUUAUUACUAAAAGUGUUAAUCAUCUGAUCAGGCUGAUUGAAAUGGCUCAGAUCUCAGAUGAGUGGUCGGUGACUGAGAAAGUGUUGGGCGGUAGAAAUUGCUGUCGCAACAGUUAUGGCAUAAAAAAUAAGCACAAAAGAGUUGAACUCUAUAAUAAUACAUAUAUAACAAAUAGCAAAUGAAUGAGGGAAAUUAAAGAAAGUCACAGACUUGAUACCAGGAAUUCAACUGAAAAUCCAUUGAUGUUCAGCAAAUAGUGUAGUGGAGAUUAUGAGUUAAAAUCAGGAUAAACCCUAUUGAUCUAAGCGGGAUAUUAUUUAGAGUACAGUGAAAGCAAAGAAUUAACCACAACACAUAGGGUAAACAGUGUUAAAAUGAGUAAUCUCGUUGUGUGUGUGUGUGAACCAUGACUGCAAAGUUGGAGUUGACUCAACUCAAGUGAUUUGACAAAACCAUCUGAGAAUUUUGUAGCGGUUCAUGUCAUUUGCAUAAUUUAUGAAUUUGUCGUGAAAUUAUGCACCAUGAAAACGAGAUAUUUACAUAUGUAGACAAACAUUCUCCAGUUAAUAAACAGAUUAGUAAGAUGAUAUUUAAUAAUAGAUUGAUUUGUGAGUUGACGAACUAUUGACUAACUUAUCAAUGUAAGUGGGAAUAGCCGACAAGUUUUUAUUCGAGUGGUGAUUAUCUAUGUGGAAUUGACAAUUAGAAUCGUAGUGAUUAUUUUCAGCGUCUGAUCAUGUCCAUUAUGUUCUGGAGGUCUUCAUAUAUGUAGUUGAGUGGUGGUUGUACAAGUUUGGGAUUUGUGAACGAUGAUGUUUAAUAUGGUGCUGUGGAUUUUCAAUGACGACGCUAAAUGUUAUGUACACAUAAGUUGAACUGAUGGGUAAUCUAUUUGUCAGUGAGAAUUGAUUGAAUUAAUCACUUACGACUUGAACAUAAAGCGUCAUAUGUGGUUAAUAGAUGAUGAUGAUGAGUGAAUGGAGUUAAUUUUUUGAAGUGGUAUUGAGUUAUUUAUUGGGGAAGUGUUGAGUUUCACACUGCAUAUACAUUUACUACGAAACAGUUAAAAGUAGGAUAUGAAUAAAGAAAGUGUAGUAGGUGAGUUAAUGUCAAUGAAGUAGGCACGUUAUUUUUAUUAAGAUAGUAGUACCUCUUUAUGUAUGGAUAUCCCUAAUAUUAUGGUUUUAUUUCAAUGGUUUUUCUAUUUUUUAAUUACUCUGGGAAUUUUUCGUUCUCUACAUAUCUCUGUUUUUGUUGCUUUUCGUAUAUUGAUUUGUAAUUUUAUAAUAUUCAUCAGUUCCUAUUUCCUUAUAUGAUCCCGAUUGUUCAGUUUAAGUAGCACUAGUUGUUUCUCUUAUAUCUUUUUGUUUUGUUUUUCUCUAUUUCUUUUUGCUGAUAUCGUUUUUUCUGUGUAUUCUUACUACUAUCUACAAGAAUGACUAAUUGUUCCAAUGAGUCUAAUAUUGAUUGUGUAUCUGUUUUGGUUUCUAACCUUCGAAUUUCUAAUUACC